UUUCAAUUGUCAUCACAAAUGUUACUGGUAAUUCACCGCAUCAUCGGCCCCACCAUACUCACCAUGGUCAUGAUUACCAGGAGCCCAAUUUACAAACCAAUAUAAAUCAUCCAGCACCCCCAGCACCUCCACCACCACCACCACAACAACAAUUUCAUCAUCAACCGGGUGGUGCUCAUCCGGGACACUAUGGCCAACAAUGGGGCCAACACCAUCAACAAUUGGAAAUGGCACCACCAAUUAUUAAUGGUGAUGGUUGGGAUGGUAGCGAUCAGCUUAUGUAUCCGUACGAGCCAUCAGACUAUCUGACAACUAUCAAUUCGAUGAAACAGAUGCACGAUCAGCCCCUACCGUUUAGGCUACCGUUUUCCGGGUUUGCCUUUACCUAUAUUUGGGUGCACAAAGACGGUUACGUAACCUUCAAUAAGGGUCUGAAAAGUUACUCAUUUCCCGUGGAAUUUCCUAUGGUUCCCGACGAUACCAAUCUGGAAGAGGAUCCGUCAAUUAUUGCCGCAUUUUUUGCCCAUCAGGACAUACCCUCUGAGGUAGAGGGUUCGGGUGUCUACUAUCGGCUGAUUGAAAUGGACAAAGAAACUAAUCAGUCAAUCAAACAACGUUUACAAUCGGAUUUUGGUCAGGCAAUGGCCGCAUCGGUUGGCUGGCAGCCGAAAUUUGUGUUUAUUAUUACCUGGAAAAACAUGACAUUCCCUAAUAGGCGCCGGGAACGGGAGCUUAAGACAAACACUUAUCAAAUGGUUUUGGCUACCGAUGAGAUGCAAACGUUUGUUAUGUUUAACUAUGAAUGGAUAUCAUGGAUAACCCAUUUGGAUAACUAUGCCGGCCUUAAUGGACCGCCAGCUUUUAUUGGUUUCAAUGGUGGCAACUCUACCCAGUCGUAUGAAUACCAGCCGUUUUCCCAGAAUCCACGCCUAACUCUAAUGCCCAAAAUGGGUUGGGGUAACGGGCUACCUGGGCGAUACUAUUUUACUAUUGAUGAGGAACUGGAACCGGGUGCCUGUGUCAAUAAGGAACUGGAUCCCAAUCUACCCGAUCGAUUGGGUUUGCAUACAUCAACCGAUUAUAUACUGAUGUUGGGCGGACAGGAACUGAAUUUUACCGGUCCCUGUCUGACCCCUGAUUCCUUAAUUACAUGUCGUUUUGAUAUAUUUAAGGUCAGAGGUCGUAUGAUGACCCAGAAUAUUGGCUCAUGUAUUACACCGCCGAUUAUGUACGAAGGUUAUGUUGACUUUACCGUAACGGUCGAUGACAAAACAUUCUGGUAUUCCCGUAUGUAUGUCCAAUCAUCGGAAGCACGCAAAGAGUAUGAUGUCUGGGUCAGGGAAGAGGACAUUGUCGAGAAACUACCCAUUGAUCGGACAGCUAACGGGGCGGCGGCGGCGACUGGGGGUGCGGACAACCCGCACAUAUUGACCAUCGGCUGGAACAGUGAUGACCUAACCUGGCUGGACAAUGCCCAGGUAUCCGUGUCCAUAUGGGGCUAUCGUGAACUGUCCGAUGUCUAUCCCCAAUUGACCUAUCUGGUUGAACUGGCUCAGGGUGCCGAUAAUAAUGGUCAACUUGAACUUGAUCUAGCUAAUCUACCCAAACUGGUCCCUGGCCAGUUUGAUAACUAUGAGUUUACUUUCGGUUAUCUGGCAGUCAAUGUUACCGGCGAUCAAUGGUCUCAAACAUUGUGGUCCAAACCGAUGCCAUUAGGUUGGUUUAUGCGACCCUAUUGGAUCAGAGAGUACGGCCACAAUUGGUCGGGUAGAUUUUGUUCAAAAUGGUUCGAUAGGGAACAGGAGCUUGAUAGGUUUGCCCUAACCGUUUUCCGAUGUCCCUGUACUAUUGUCCAAUCGGAACGUGAUAGGGGUCGAUUUGCACCCGACCUCCAGUGCAAUGUUAUCGACAAAAAGUGCGAUACACAACAUCACGGCGCCCAACACUGUGUCCGUACGGCCCGUCCAUCAGUCGGCGGUUCGGGUCAGACCUGUUGUUACGACGACUACGGCGAGUUAGUACAGACAGCCGAUACCAUGUUUGGCGGCCGGCCCUCCCGUGCCUUUGUCUAUGGCAAACAUCCGUUCAAAAUGGCUGUCAUGGUACCUACACUAUCCUAUUGGCUAUACGAUAUUAUGCCGUUUUUCUAUUGCUGUAAAUGGUCGGCAUCGGGUAAGGGUGACGACAAUAGCGAUACCUGUCAAAUGUUUAACUACUGGCGCACAUCGCAGGACUGUUCAUCCUAUCAGCCGCCCGGUGUCGCUAAUGUUUACGGCGAUCCGCAUAUCGUAACGUUUGACCGGUUUAACUAUACGUUCAACGGUAAGGGCGAGUUUGUAUUGAUAAAUACCGAUACCCCGGUCCACAAAUUGGACAUUCACGGCCGCUUUGAACAGUUACCCAAUCUGGACGGUACCCAUUUGACGGCGGUAGCCAUCCGCGAUAAUAUAUCGGCGAUAGUUGAACUACGGUUGAGGCCAGUGGCCGCCCGGUGGCAGUUUCAACUGUACCUGUUUGCCGAUAAGGAAAUGUAUUAUUUUUGGCAACCAGAUAUGCGAUCCAUACAGUUGAGGGGUGUCCAACUGUAUCAACCGGCCGGCAUACGUAAUAUGUCGCAUGUGAUAGCUAUGUUUGAUUCGGGUGCUGGGGUCGAGAUUAUGGUCACACCGGUCGGCUCGUUGAUGCUUAACGUUUAUUUGCCCCAGACUUUCAUCAAUAGCACUCGUGGACUGUUAGGCAAAUGGACCCGCGAUCCCUUGGAUGACCUGGAACUGCCCGACGGUUCGCACGGUCCCAGUGCUCAACCAGGUCUGACCAGUCGUGAUCUGUACCUGAAUUUUGCCAAUCAUUAUCGGCUGAAAGAAACCAAAUCCCCUUACUUGGGUCAGUCCCUGUUCUGGCAUAAUCCAGUUCCUCAUUCCCAUUAUGAUGACCUAAAAUUUGAACCAAAAUUUGAGAUCAGUCAACAAGAUUUGGAUGGACUGCCCGAUGCCGACAAAGUGUGCAGCGAUAGUCAGGCCUGUCUAUACGAUCUGGUGGUAACACAGGACACGGGUUACGCCCAGCAGACCAAACGUGACGAAGCAUCAGCCGAACUGAUACAUCGGGAACUGAGCGAUCAGAUUAUCCGAUGUCCGGCAUUACCGCGACCGAGAAAUGGCCGCAAAUCGGAGAACCGUUACUGGCCGGGAACUAUCGUCAGGUUUUCGUGCGACGACGGCUAUCGGCUGGUCGGCUACGAAGUACGCCGAUGUCGGGAGGACGGGCUCUGGUCAUGGGGUGUCGAUCCCGAGUGUAUCCGUGAUCUUAAAUAUAAGCUAACAUUGGCCGGUAUAUUCACGGGUGUUAUACUACCGGUUAUCGUAUUGAUUGCACUGUUUGUGGUUUGUUGGCGUCGCGGACGCAAAUCGGUGGCCAAUAAUUAUUAUAUGACCCAACCAUUGAUUAAGGAUAGGGUGGUGGAGGACAGGGAUCAGUUAGCCGUCAAUAAUAAUGAAUCUCACGAUGAGGAGGUGGUAGGGGUUGACAACAAAACCAAUAGUAAUAGUAAUGAUAAGCAUAUAGCCAUUGAUGCUAAACAAGCUAUUGUUUAGUGGGAUGGAUGGGGUGGGGGUAUGGUAUGGCAGGCCAUG